AUUUACCUCACAAGUCUUAGGGAAGAAUAAGCCAACCAUCUUGUACUACAUAUUACAUCGUAUCAAAUACAUUGUACGGAGUAAUUAAAUAUGAGCCAUAAUAAUAUGCCAUUCAUCAUAGCUUUAGCCAUUGUAGCUAUAACUUUAGCUGCUUCUCCAUUCGGUCAUGCAUCAGACCCCGAUAACUUGCAGGACUUUUGUGUGGCUAUCAAGGAUUCCGAUGCUAAUGUGUUUGUGAAUGGAAAGAUUUGCAAGAACAUAGCAGAAGUGAAUGCUGAUGAUUUCUACAUGCAAGCCCGGUUUAACAUCCCAUUGAACACAUCAAACCGGUUAAGAUACACACCGAAGCUGAUAGGAGUGCAAAGCCUACCAGGACUAAACACGUUGGGUGUUUCGGUAGGGCGCGUGGACUUUGGACCGUAUGGAACGAGCCCACCCCACUUCCACCCUCUAGUAACCGAGAUUGUCACGGUGUUGGAGGGAACAAUAUAUGUUGGAUUCAUCGACUCGAGGAAUAAAUUGUAUGCCAAAACGCUUCUUCCCGGAGACAUUUUUGUUUUGCCGAAAGGGCUGAUUCAUUUCUUGUACAACCCCGGAGGGAGCAAUGUAUCUUUGUUUGUUGCUAUUGGGGGGCAAAACCCAGAAGCCAUCGUUAUACCUAAUGCUCUUUUUGGUACUGACCCUCCCAUCCUUCCUGAUGUUCUCAGCAAAGCAUUCCUAUUAGACAAGAAUGUGAUUAGCCGUCUCCAAUCCCAGUUUCAAUUAUCGGAUUGAGACCACCACUUUCCCUUGCACGCGUUUAGCCAAUUCAAGCAAAGCUAGUGUUUAAUCAAUAAUCAUGCACACACACAAUACAUAAUAGCUAUAUUAGUUAAACAUAAAAUCUCUAUAUCUAAAUAAAAUAAACAGCAAAUGUAUGUAGCAUUCGAUGGCCGGGGUUCAAGACAUGCAUUUAUAAUUUUAAGCUAAUGCAAACAUAGUAUAAAUCUAUUUAUGUAACUAAUACAAUGCCCAAUAUAAAUAAUACAAUGGAAUUCGUUUACGUUCAUUUUAUUGCGUACUAUAUGCAUGUAGUCUUCUAUGACACUCUGAAUGAAAUUCACAAUAGAUAAAUGCCAUUUAUAAAACUUGUCCAUAUCUGAUCCAUGUUCACAACUUUGGACGAUUUUGUAAGGCGUGCGGACAACUCUUUAAUUGGGAUGCUUAUAAAUGUUACUGAGUAUAAUAUAACAUACUGUAGUAAUUACUUUAUAUACCUUGUGGUAUUCGUGUGCUCCAUUUUAUUUGAUAUACAAAAUAUUUC